CUCGGAAAGGUUGGCAUUCGUGUUAUGUUUACGUGAGGCGAUGGUGAAAAGAGUCCGGUCACCACAAUGAACACCAGCCCCGCCCCCCUCACCACCACCUCCACCACCGCCACCGCCACGCUGCAAUCCAGAGAAAUGGACGAAGUCAGCAUUGCAUCUGAUUUCAGUGUAAUUCCUGAGAGUCUGGUAGAGGUGGAUGGACCAGCGGCAGCGAAUUGUUGCCCCACCCGCACUGUGUCCACUGCCAGCUUCCUCCACUCCGAGGACCUCCAGCCUUCCCUGACCGCCCUGGAGACUUAUGGCAAGGUCACAUUUCAAGGCAUCCAGGCGACCUACUACUGUGACUCGGACAUCGCCGUGACCUACCACCUGACCCCAAGCGUGACCCCGAGGUCAUCUGAUAGAGUCGGACUGUAUAGAGUUGGAUUUUCCUCACCCCAAGAUUACUUAGGGUACCAGUGGGCCCCCGUACCCCCCCCUGAGCUGCACCCUGGCGUCACCCUGCCUCUCACUGUGGUGUUUAAGGCCCCAACACUGCCCAAGGAAGUCGGUGAAUUCUACCAGUUCUGUUACGUCACUCAUGAGGGUCAGAUAGCUGGCGUGAGUGGACCCUUCCAGCUUCUGCGAGUCGGAGCCUCCCGGGACGUGUGCGAGGUGGAGGAGGAUGGAAUGGUAGUUGUGCGGAGUGGAGAGAGUGUGCUUCACGACCGCAUCAAUGAGCUGGCAGUGGUGAGGGACAGGCUGCUGGGAGAGAACAAGCAGAUAAAAGGCGACAGGGAACAGAUGAAUAAAGAACUAGAAGAAAAAACACAGCAACUUAAUAUGUGCCAGCACCAUCUGCAGGCUCUCGAGGUGAAGAUGAAGAGAGAGACAGCUGAGAAAUGUGAACUGAUGGGUCGCAUAGGCCAAGUGGUCGAGGAGAAGGGCCACCUAGAGGACCGCCUGAGGACUCUGGAGCGGUCCCUGGCUUCGGAGAGGACCCGUGCUGAUGUGGGAGAGACCAAAUUAAAGGAGAUGGAGGAGGCGGCCCUGACCUCACGUAAGGCCCUGGAGACGACCACCCACUCCCUCAGGGCCAUGGAGGAGGACCUGGCCCACACUAAGCAGGCCCUGAAGGUGGCCACGGCAGAGCUGGAGGAGGAGAGAGUGGGGCGGGAGAAGGCAGUGAGGGAGCUUUCUAUGUGGACCACCUCUGCCCAGGCCGACCAGAGCGAAAAAAAUUCACUCGCUCUUAAGUUCAAUUCUGUUAACGAUGAGCUGACAGCCAAGAUGGAGGAGCUGGAUGCAUCUCGGAGGAAGGUCUUCUCUCUGGAGGAAAAACUGAAGGAGGCACUGGAGGAAUUGGAGGAGGUGAAGGCAAAGCAGGAGGAGGUGGAGGAAAGACUGGAGGAGGUGGAGAGAGAAAAGUCUGUACUUGGGGAGAGACAGGAAGCUCUGGGACUAGACAACACCAGACUGCAAUCUGCCAACACUGCCCUGAAGGAACGCUUGGCAACGCUGGAGGACGACCAGGAGAGGGAGGAGAAGGCACGAGAAGCAGCUGAGACUAUUGCCAGUGAUCUGAGUGGUAGGCUUCAGGCAGCGAGAGAUGAGUACACCACUCUGGCACUCACCAACAAGAGGCUGAUGAGGAAGCUGAAGAAGAUGAGGCACAGGCUGACAUCGGAGGGCGCCCCAGAAGCAUCAGGGGGAGACAGCAAACCAGCAGAAACAGCAGAAGAAACAGCACUGACAGCCUCUACAAUGACUACCUCCUCUUGGUUACAGCUGGAGGAGGAAGAGGAGGUGGAGGAGAGCGAGAGGAGUCUGGGAGAGGAGGCCCCACCCCUCCUCUCCCAGUCCUGCCUAUCACAGCACAUGGCUUCCUCUUGUUGCUCCCACAGCACACAGCAAUUGAGUGAAGCUGUGAACAAGAAAAUGGAAGACAUAGUUAAAGAACUCUCUCAGCAGAUCCUCUCGUUGAAGUGUCAGUUGGAGGAGAAGGAGCAGAGGAGUGGAGGUAAGGAAGAGAAGGAGCAGAGGAGUGGAGAUAAGGAAGAGGAGGAGGAUAAGGAAGAGGACAAGGAAGAGAACAAGGAGGAGGAGCAAGGUGGAGCAUCACAGCAGGCUACAGGAACAGCCCCAGAAACACCACCAGUUCUGUACUCAAAUUCCUUCCUUAGAACAGCCACCACUGCACCCGUGUUUCUACCGGAAGGGACCUCUACCGCAUCUGCCGCGUCUGCCACACCUGCUGCACCUUCUACCACAUCCACCGCACCCUCCACCGCUCCCCAGACUGCGGAAACCACCACAGUAGCAGCCACACAGCGAAUGAACUACCAACAUCAACACAGGAUCUUAGCCACACAGACGCCACAGCCUACCGUGCAAUCCACCGCAAAUGGCUGCGUUCUACCGCCACCAAUGCUGCCGGAGACGACCCCCACGGCACGCCACGCUGCUGUGCUAAGCCAGUUCGCCUAUUUGCCCCCCACAGCGCCCCCCCACGACUCUGAUG